AUGACCGCCACCAACGGGUUCAUAAUCGGCGACGGUUCGUGGAACCUCCAGGUGUACGUGUCCGAUCUACAGGUGGAACGGACACUCCGCGUCAAAGGCGACCUGCACAUCGGCGGUGUCAUGCUCCGGCUGGUCGAGGAUUUGGGUAAGUCGAAUUAGCAUUGUAAUAUUCUCACGUCACGUUACCGCGACCCGCGAACGUCCGAUUUGCUCGCCCGUCGACAUCCCAACGCACGGCAGGGGCAGGUGACCAAUAAUAAUAAUAAUAAUAAUAAUAACAAUUAAAAUGUCGUUCUCGCGGGUUCGCUGUUGUUCCGUGUGCGAAACAAUUUCUCCGCCACCGGCACACGUAUUGUGUGACGAGUUGUUGCCGACGACAAACGCGUAAACGCCGGCGCGGCGCAACUGCCAUUUAACAUUACAAUAUUUCGGUACCGAAUGGUUACGGGCGCAUGCCUAUUGUCAUCGUAACAAUAACCGUACACGGGUUACGACGGUUACGGACUCCCGGUUAAUGUAUUAAUUGUUUGCCGCAUACAUUAGGGCACUCCGGUGCGAGCGAUUUCACGCGGACACGGCAGUAUCACGGACGGUCAGACUGUCCGCAGGUCUAUAGACACGAUACUGACAACAUAGGUAAUAUUUUAAUCGUAUCGUAACAGGUCGCCGUGUACGUUUUAUCAACGAAACAAUAUUAUCGUUAUUACCAUUAUUGGGCGGGCGACGAAUACAAAUUACGAGCGUAAUAUUAAACAGGUACAUAACCCGUAAUAACAACAACAACAAUAUUACAUAAAACGGGUACGGUUUGUACGGUUUUCGUAUGCGCAGCGUUCAGUGGCGCCGAGUGCACGCGAAAAUGGCGAUUGAACUCCAAACCAAAGCCCAUACCCACACACCCACAACACUGA